UCAGCAGUCUGCGGCCAGGUCAUGUCCAGGGCCCUUGCUUUUAACAAAGUAAGGGAGAUGAGCUAGCAAGUAGCUUGCGGGAAAGGCUGAAACUGAGGAGUGUUUUUAGGAUGGGGAAUGAGCUUAGUUAGGGGCUGAGGGGAAGGAACAAGUCGGGAGGGGAGGGAGGGUCUGAGAAAGCCUGGGCUGUAAAUAGAGGGGGUGCUGUCAAGAUCACAGCGGGCAGGAUUCGCCAAGCACGGAAAGAGGCAGGAGUCCUGACCUGACGCUAGAGAAAAGGAGGCUUCUUCGGAAAAUCAAAGGCAAGGUCACCUGCAAGGAGGCUGAGGAGGUGACAGGGAAGCAGCCACACCGGGUUUGGUGGUGACAGGAAGGCUCGAAGAAUCCAGCAGCAGCUCUGCUGGGGACACGUUCUAAGGUGCAACCACAGCAAAGCCCUGAUCUGAUUUCCUGAUGCUCAUGGGCCCCUCCUGUCCUGCGCUUUUGUCCUUCAUGAAGCUUAGCCUGUGGUGGCUCCUUCUGAUCCCAGCAGGUGGAGAGGAAGCCAAACACCCACCUUCCAGGGCUCCCGUAGACCCCCUCUCCUCUCCCAGCCCCACGGCAUUGCCACAGGGUGGCUCCCACACCCAGGCUGAGGACCGGCUCUUCAAACACCUCUUUCGGGGCUACAACCGCUGGGCGCGCCCUGUGCCCAACACCUCGGAUGUGGUGAUCGUGCGCUUCGGACUGUCCAUCGCUCAGCUCAUCGACGUGGAUGAGAAGAACCAAAUGAUGACCACCAAUGUCUGGCUAAAGCAGGAGUGGAGUGACCACAAACUGCGCUGGAACCCCGCAGAUUUCGGCAACAUCACAUCCCUCCGGGUCCCUUCCGAGAUGAUCUGGAUCCCAGACAUUGUCCUCUACAACAAUGCAGAUGGGGAGUUUGCAGUGACCCACAUGACCAAGGCCCACCUCUUCUCCACGGGCACUGUGCACUGGGUGCCCCCGGCCAUCUACAAGAGCUCCUGCAGCAUCGACGUCACCUUCUUCCCCUUCGACCAGCAGAACUGCAAGAUGAAGUUCGGCUCCUGGACCUACGACAAGGCCAAGAUCGACCUGGAGCAGAUGGAGCAGACAGUGGACCUGAAAGACUACUGGGAGAGUGGCGAGUGGGCCAUCGUCAAUGCCACAGGCACCUACAACAGCAAGAAGUAUGACUGCUGCGCCGAGAUCUACCCCGACGUCACCUAUGCCUUUGUCAUCCGGCGGUUGCCGCUCUUCUACACCAUCAACCUCAUCAUCCCCUGCCUGCUCAUCUCCUGCCUCACGGUGCUGGUCUUCUACCUGCCCUCCGACUGCGGCGAGAAGAUCACACUGUGCAUCUCCGUGCUGCUGUCGCUCACCGUCUUCUUGCUGCUCAUCACCGAGAUCAUCCCGUCCACCUCGCUGGUCAUCCCGCUCAUUGGCGAGUACCUGCUGUUCACCAUGAUCUUCGUCACCCUGUCCAUCGUCAUCACUGUCUUCGUGCUGAACGUGCACCACCGCUCCCCCAGCACCCACACCAUGCCCCGCUGGGUGAGGGGGGCCCUUCUGGGCUGUGUGCCCCGGUGGCUUCUGAUGAACCGGCCCCCACAGCCCUUGGAGCUCUGCCACCCCCCAGGCCUGAAGCUCAGCCCUUCUUAUCACUGGCUGGAGACCAAUGUGGAUGCGGAGGAGCAGGAGGUGGUGGUGGAAGAGGAGGACAGAUGGUCGUGUGCAGGUCACAUGGCCCCCUCCGUGGGCACCCUCUGCAGCCAUGGCCACCUGCACUCCGGGGCCUCAGGUCCCAAGGCUGAGGCUCUGCUGCAGGAGGGUGAGCUGCUGCUGUCACCCCACAUGCAGAAGGCACUGGAAGGUGUGCACUACAUUGCUGACCACCUGCGGUCCGAGGAUGCUGACUCUUCGGUGAAGGAGGACUGGAAGUACGUCGCCAUGGUCAUCGACAGGAUCUUCCUCUGGCUGUUUAUCAUCGUCUGUUUCCUGGGGACCAUUGGCCUCUUCCUGCCUCCGUUCCUAGCUGGAAUGAUCUGACCGCACCUCCCUCGAAUUGGCUCCCAGGGCACCCCCGCUGACCAUCUUUUGACCAUCUCUGCUGCAGCUGCCUCUGGUGUCCCCUUUGGGGUCAGCAGGUGCCUCUCCAUGGAGUCCUGACCCUGGUCCCAGCAUCGCAGGCUUCCAUCCAGCUUAACGAGAUUGUACCAGGGCUGAGAGCCUGCUGGACAAGCCCUGUUUUGGAUGCUGAGGAACUAGGGAAGCUCUGCAGAAAAUCACAAGAUGGUGGUGACCAAGUGGGGCAGAGUCAGAUUCUCCUGGAGGAGCGGUGCAGACCCCAGUGACAGAACAGUCAACCUGGGGGACACUGGGGACAGGGUGACGAGGAAGGGAAGGCAGACCUCAAAGGACGGGUCUUGGGGCAAAGGGGAGGGUUUCUUGGGGUGGAAGGGCUCUGAACGAUGUUUGGAUUUGGGAAUGAGCCCAAAGUGCCAGAACAGCCGGGUGAGGUGGGAGCAUGGAGAGCCAGGUGGGGGUCUCUCUAAGCCAGGCUGGGGGUGAAGUUCAGAGUCUGUCCAAGUCUGCAGGGUUCUGAGCUGGAUGGUCCAGCAGGGGAGUGAUACAGGCUCUUCCGGAAGGGAGGAAGCAGGAGGCAGGGCCUGCGUGUGGGGUGGAUCUUCCCUACAGGGGAGGGAUGGAUGGUUGGAUACAGGUGACUGGGCUAUUCCAUCCACCUGGAAGCACCUUGGAGCCCCCAGGCUUCUCCUUGACGUCACUCUCCUCCCUUCCUUGCUGCAAAGUGGCUCUGCACCAGCAGCCCCCAGGAGGUCUGGCACAGCUGAGAGCCAUGGCUUGCAGGGGCUCCGUAUGUCCCUACACAUGCAGCAGCCAAACAAGAAAGACCAUCCUGAGCCACUCCUGACCCAACUCAGACUCGUCUUGUUUGCCCUGUCCUCCCUCCCUCCACCUCUCCACCCCUCCUCCCGUCACCCCCUCCCCAGGCACCCUGUUCCCUAUGCCUGGCUCCAUCGGAAGGAGGCCUCACUUGGGAGCUGAAGAUCUUUACCUUUAGCUCCUUUGAUUCUAAACUUCUCAAGGGCAGGGCCUCUGCCUGUUACUUUUCCCACCCCCAGCACCCAGCACAGCGCAGGGUGAGUACUGCGCUCUAGGCAUUUGCUCUGAGCGGUUGAGGGGAGCAAGCUGGCUUGUUUGGGCCCCAAGACUUCUGUGCAGAUGGCAAAAGCUGUGCUCCUGUCCCUUCCCAGCCUGUCCCAUCUCCCCCAGAGCCCCGAGGUGUGUUGACCUGCCCCGAACCUUUCAGAGCAGCCUGUGUAUGCACCUUGGAAAGCACCACCCCAAGGACCGAGUCUGCACCCGGGAGCCCAGGCCGAACGGCUGCUCCUGGGAUUGGGCACCAGACCUCUCCCCAGCUCUGUGCAGACCCGAGAGUGGGACCUUGACAGCUAACAGCUAUGGCCACUGGGUUCUUGAGACGGCGUGGAGACUCCAGGUAGGAAGCCGAGCAGGGGAAGCUUCCAGUUUUUCUGGUCCUACGGGUCCCCUCCUUCCAAACCCCGAAGUGUCUCUCCCUGACACCCCCAGGAGACACCUGCUUGCCUUUGACACCCUGGCCCAGGCCCCACCACACCUCGCUUCUUUCCCACAACCCCCUGCUCAUGGCUCAUCUGGUCUCUGGCUCCUGACUACUCUGUGCACGCAGCCCCCCGCCCCCCCCUCUCCUCCCACUUGUUCUUCGGAGGCCUCAGAGCUCUCAGGUCCAGGCUCCCAGACCCGCUGUCCUGGGACAGUGAUGUUCGCUCCAGUUAUCCACAUCUCCCAUCCAUCUUGCAUGUGAUAAAGAGAGUAAAUAAAGCUGCAUCUACUGCUCGCUCAA